AUGUUUCGCUUACCAACAGUCAUGAAGCAGGUGAGGCCUGUGUGCCGGGCGCUGGCGCCUCACCUGACACGAGCCUACGCUAAGGACGUGAAGUUUGGAGCCGACGCUCGCGCCCUCAUGCUGCAGGGAGUGGACCUGCUGGCUGACACUGUGGCUGUCACCAUGGGCCCGAAGGGUCGUACUGUCAUCAUUGAGCAGAGCUGGGGCAGCCCUAAGGUCACCAAGGACGGCGUGACGGUGGCCAAGAGCAUCGACCUGAAGGACAGGUACAAGAACAUCGGUGCCAAGCUGGUGCAGGAUGUGGCCAACAACACCAACGAGGAGGCUGGCGAUGGCACCACCACCGCCACGGUGCUGGCUCGUGCCAUCGCCAAGGAGGGGUUUGACACCAUCAGCAAAGGCGCCAACCCUGUGGAGAUCCGCCGUGGAGUCAUGAUGGCCGUGGAAACCAUCAUCAGUGAGCUGAAAAAGCUCUCCAAGCCGGUCACAACCCCUGAGGAGAUCGCACAGGUUGCUACCAUCUCAGCCAAUGGAGACGUGGAGAUUGGUAACAUCAUCUCCAACGCCAUGAAGAAAGUUGGCCGCAAGGGAGUCAUCACCGUCAAGGACGGGAAGACCAUGCACGACGAGCUGGAGAUCAUUGAGGGUAUGAAGUUUGACCGUGGCUACAUCUCCCCUUACUUCAUCAACACUGCCAAAGGUCAGAAGUGUGAGUUCCAGGACGCCUACCUGCUGCUGAGUGAGAAGAAGAUCUCCAAUGUCCAGAGCAUCGUGCCCGCCCUGGAGAUUGCCAACCAGCACCGCAGACCGCUGGUUAUUGUGGCGGAGGAUGUGGAUGGAGAGGCCCUCAGCACAUUGGUCCUCAACAGGCUCAAGGUUGGCCUUCAGGUGGUCGCCGUCAAAGCCCCAGGCUUUGGAGACAACAGGAAGAACCAGCUGAAGGAUAUGGCCAUCGCUACUGGGGGCACUGUGUUUGGAGAUGAGGCUCUGGGCCUGGCCCUCGAAGACAUCCAGGCUCACGACUUCGGGAAGGUCGGUGAGGUGCAGAUUACCAAAGACGACACCUUGUUGCUGAAGGGAGGCGGCAGCCCAGCCGAGAUUGAGAAACGGGCAGUGGAGAUCGUCGAGCAACUGGACAACACCACCAGCGACUACGAGAAGGAGAAACUGAACGAGAGGCUGGCCAAGCUGUCUGACGGAGUGGCUGUGCUCAAGGUCGGAGGGACGAGCGACGUGGAGGUGAACGAGAAGAAGGACCGCGUGACGGACGCUCUGAACGCCACCCGCGCAGCUGUGGAGGAGGGCAUCGUACCGGGCGGAGGCUGCGCGCUGCUGCGCUGCAUCCCAUCGCUCGAUACCCUCAAGACUGCCAAUGCUGACCAGAAGAUCGGCGUGGACAUCAUCAGGCGGGCGCUCCGUAUCCCCGCGAUGACCAUCGCUAAGAACGCAGGUGUGGAGGGCUCGCUGGUGGUGGAGAAGAUCCUGCAGGGAUCCGCCGACAUCGGCUACGACGCCAUGCAGGGAGAGUACGUCAACAUGGUGGAGAAGGGCAUCAUUGACCCCACCAAGGUGGUGAGGACGGCGCUGCUGGACGCCGCAGGAGUGGCCUCUCUGCUCUCCACCGCCGAGGCCGUCGUCACGGAGAUACCCAAGGAGGAGAAGGAGAUGCCGGGAGGCAUGGGAGGCAUGGGCGGCAUGGGCGGCAUGGGAGGAGGCAUGGGUUUCUAAGCCGUUCCUCCUGACUUGCUGCUGUACAGACUAAUAGGCAGAGUGAUGCUGGGGGUGGCUGAGGAACACACGCGCACACACACACACACACACACACACACGCGCACACACACGCACACACGCACACAAAAGCCUCCUCCAACCUGCAACCACCUCCACCGAACUCUGCCGCCACUGACUGGCCAUGAGUAUGUUGGAGCCGCCCCCACUAUUAAAUUCUGCCUCCUGCCUCCUUGCCCGGGUCUCUGGAGGAGCCAGCCCUCGCCCCGAAUCUGUGCUGCUCCGUCCCACUCACCCGGUCUGGAGGAGGAGACCCCCACCCCACCCAUCGAGCCCAGUCGCCACACCAGAACCCUCCUAACGGCUCUGCUCAAAUGAACCAUCGACACGUGUACAAUCUCAUAGUUAAUCAUGUAAAAUGCUCGUUAAAGGUGAUGCCACUGUGAUCUCAGUAACAGGUAGUAAAAUAAUUAAAGUGGUCUAAGAAGAAAACUUCACAGAAACUAACAGAGUGUGCGUACUGAUGAUGCUCUGUAGUACCCGCAAAGAUGGCGGGGCUUGAACAAGAAGAAACGCAUAGCCAGGAAUGUGUCGCUGUCCCUUUAUUUUUGUUUUUGUAAUAUUUUGUUAAUUCUUUUGUUUGUUUGCCCCCCCCCCAAACUAAUGAGAUGUGGGUUACAAUUUGUCAUUUGAUUUAAUUAAACCAUUUUUUCUUACAGAGCCCGGACAUUUUCUGUGUCUCUGAAGUGAUGUUACAUUUUAUUUGUCCGGUUGAUGGAGAAAAGUAACACUUGUUCCCUUGUACCUGACCCCAAAUGGACAGAGAGAGUGCCUACA